UUAUUAACCUAUUUUUAAUACUUAUUUACUUUGAAUCCCUCAGUCCUGUUACGAGUGCAAGCACUUUUUAUAUUGUGAUAACAGUUCCUCCCAGUUGGUGUCUUCCACCACCUCCACUAAAGAAGAAGCCCCACGUAGACAACGCCAGCACGGCGAGAUGCCUUUGGCUAAAGACCUCCUUCAUCCAACUAUUGAACAUGAACGACGACAACACAAGAAGAAAAGACUUGUUCAGAGCCCAAACUCCUAUUUUAUGGAUGUAAAAUGUCCAGGCUGCUACAAGAUCACUACCGUGUUCAGUCACGCACAGACUGUGGUUCUCUGUGUUGGAUGCUCCACCGUGUUGUGCCAGCCUAAAGGAGGAAAGGCCAGACUCACAGAAGGUUGUUCUUUCAGGAGGAAGCAGCACUGAAAAGGAAUGUCGCUCAAUAUGUGUUGUGAAAUCCCUGGUUCAAAAGAAAAUCAUUUUUGUGAUUUUAUAAGCCUGCUAUCAAAUAUGCCUUUUAAUACAAUGAAUUUGCAAGUCAAUUAAAAAGGUGGGAACAA